AUGAUGCUUCCGAAACGUAGUAGAACAUUUAGGAUACGAAGAUCAAAUUAUUGGCUUAUUAAAUUUAAUCAAAUACAAAUUAUUAUUCUUAUCUUUUUUGUUGAAAAAUAUAUUAAAGCUUUGCCAGUGAAAAAUGUCGAAAACAUUAAUGAGAUAGAAGUUAAACAUAGUUCAAAGCCACCGGAAUCAAACACAGAUGAAAUGACUCGAGGCAGAAGACAGAAUGCAUUCUGCUGUUCACCAAUGGGGCAAGCGUCACAGUUAAUGCCUCCUAUUCCACCCCCACUUCCUAUGCAACAACAAUGUAUUUGUAUGCCAACGGAUAUGUGUUGCAUACCAAUGCCGGCUGUACCACCACCGCAAAUGCAUCCACCAUUACCUCCACCACAACCGUGUAUUUGUACACCUAUGUGUUGUGUGCCAAUCCCUCCACCUCCACCUCCGCAAAUGGCUCCUCCUCAAAUUCAACCUUGCGAAUGCAUUCAAGUAACCGUUCGCGUGCAACCUGGAGUGAUUUGUCCGUGUCCGCCUCCUCUUCCACCUCCGCCCACACAAAUGGCACCUCCAUUACCUCCGCCAGUAUGCAUCUGUACGCCAAUACAGCAGGAUCCAUGCUGUUUGCCUCCACCACCUCCUCCUCCUAUGCCUCCACCUCCACAAUUGAGCCAGCCGAUGUGCUUGUUUCAACAAGAUCCAUGUUGCACAGCAUUAGCAUCUCCACCUAUUCCGCCUCCAAUGCCGGCUCAAAGGGCAAUAUGCAUCUGUACACCAACCCAACAAGACACAUGUUGUUUACCACCGCCUCCUCCCCCUCCUCCUCAAGCUCAAAUGGCACCAAUUAAAACAACUUGCAUAUGUACUCCUAUUCAGCAGGAUCUUUGUUGUUUACCAAUGCAGCAACAAGCACCGCCACUUCCUCCACCUCCUCCUCCACCACCAAUAUGUAUUUGUUCCCCAAUCCAACAAGAUCCUUGCUGUUUACCACCACCUCCUCCUCCACAAAUGGCACCAGUACCGCCACCAAUGGCAAUACAGAGCGUGACAAUUCAAUGUGCUCCAAUUUGUGUUCCUCCCCCUUUACCUCCUCCACCACCGCCAAUGAGACAACCUCCAAUAGUAAUGCAGUGUCAGCCUAUGUUGUGCCAACAGCUACAAUGUCAGCCGAUCUGCCAAUGCCAACCUGGAUAUGUUCAGUGCGCCCAAAAAUGUUGUUUACGAUACAGAAAAGUGAAUAAUAACAACAAUCAUUUUUCACCACUUAGAAAUGAUAAUAGUAACAAAAUUUUAAAAUUUGGAACAUCUGGAAACAAUCCGACUGAGAAUGGCAAUAGUAAUGCAGGACAAUUAUUGCCGAUUAAUCAAGCAGCAGCGACAAAUCAACAUUUGGUACCACAGCCAUUUUCCACUCAAGAAAAAAGGGUGGUACCAUCAGUGCCUUCCUCAUUAUUUCAAGCGCCUAUAUCUAAAAGAACAGUGGCAGAUAAAAAAUUAACCGAAAAGCAUCGAAAAUAA